UUCUCUGGCUAUUUCUGGCUGGUAGUCAGGGUUGUCGAUCAGGGUAUGCACUAGUAAGGAAAACUAACCAAACUGGGAAAAUCUUCAUUUAAUAAGCAUUAAGAAAACAACUCUGAGGGUAUGCAGUACUUUAAUGCAUGCAUGAAAUGCACACCACUGCUGGUAGUUUAUGGUAGUUGGUAGCUUAUGAUGAUAGUAAUAUGAUUUAAAAAAAUCUUGAAUUACAUUAUUUUUAGGUACUCUGUACUACUAUCGACUUGUAAAUCUAUGGUUUUUAGUGUUUUUAAAACUAUUUUUUUUUGACUUCAGUAGCAAUUAUGCCCUCCAACAUUAUUUUCAAAAUACAUACCUUCAAUGUACCUGUUACAGUUUUUAUUAUAAGUAUAGAUUUUUCUAAUAAUUUAAUUUAAUUGUAUAAUAUGUAAGUAUUUUAUUUUAAUUUAUUGCAUCUUCCCGUCGCGACAUCUUUUCGUUCGAAAUGUGCAAAAGGAUGUUUGAACAAAUAAAUAGUAUAACAAUAGGGAUCGUGGGAUACUAAUCCUAGGGGGAUUCAAUCUCUCAUUAUUGUAUCCCCACACCUUUGUAUCACUUGCAGUCAAUCCUUUAAGAUCAUACUCGUAUUUAUAAUAACUAAAAAUUAAAAUUGUUUGCCCACCUACUACUAUUUUGUCUGUAGAUGUAACAAACUUUUUUGUAUCCUCCUUGUUUCCACAUAUUUUUCUUAUUAUGCAAAUAAAAUAAGGUGAUAUAUAUUUGCCUAAAAUUCAUUAAAAAAAAAUAGUAAUGUCAGCAUUGACUUACAUGUACAGUUUGUCAGAAGACAUCAAUUGAAUUAUGCACAAAUUGUUUGUUUCUUCAUUAUAAAAUAAUUGUAAACAAUUUAAAAUGCACACGAUUGGAUUGCCGCGCACAUGUUUGGGCUUCACAAAUUUGUUAUUCUUUAUAACUGGAUUCAUAGGCUGCGUUAUAUGCAUUUGGUGUAUCGUUAACACGGAGUUCUUCCGCGAAGUUAACUACACUGUGACAAAGAGUUCACUCGUGGCUACUAUUGCUAACUUCGUUAACCUGAAGCUUUGGGUUACCCCCGUAACAACAAUUCUCAUACCAAUAGCGAUAAUAACAAUGCUCAGUUCUUGUUGUGGGAUAUUGGGCGCCGGGUGUAAAAUGAAAUGUGCCAUCAAGUCUUACAUAUUUCUUACUACAGUGUUAUUGACGACUGCCUUUUGGCUAUUUUUCAUAUCAGGGGUAUACAACAUUUAUACGAACAAUCAAAAUACCUUGAGAUAUAUGAAAUCCACUAUCUCGAGUAAUUAUGGUAAGGAGAACGAUCUUAUAACUUACGUAUGGGACUACAUUAUGGUGAACUACGAAUGUUGUGGAGCAGUUGACUACAAAGAUUUUAUUGACACAAAAUGGCAUAGAUCCAAUUUGGAUAAACUUUAUCCUAUACAAUGCUGCAAAUUGAAAAACCAGACAGGUUUGGUACCAAUAUCUGAUGAUUGCACUAAAAGUACUGAACCAGAAGCACAAUCUAAUACAAAUGUUAGUUGUUUCAACUCUCUCAGAACUUCAAUUGGAGACAACAAGGGAAAAAUAAUAUUCUACAUGAUUUUCUUUGGUUUGGCAUACUCAGUUCUAGUCCUGUUUGCGUAUUGCAUUAUUAGAGGAGAACCUCUAAUUACAGCUAUAACUGGAAAUCCGCGUGGUUUGUUACUGAAACGUCAAGAACAAACUAAUAGAGAAAUACCUUCAGGUACUUCGUUGGAUAACAUGAUGUUUAUGGAAGAACCACCACAAAGAGUUGUCAGGGUUGUGUCAGCGAUCAACCCCUUCCAAACGUACAAAUUCACACCCAAUGUGCACGAUACCAGAUCUAAUACAUAUUCGUACGACAUGAGAUCAGAUUUUAAAUAAAAUUUUAAGCAUAGUUCUGUUUUCUUUUACUCAAUAAGUAUAAUAUGAAAUCCUUAACUUCUUGUUUAUUAGUUAGCUUAUGUUGUUAUUUGUAUUUGAAAUCAGUUGAAAUUUUUAAACAUCUUUCCACCUGACUCCUUUUGUGUAAGAAACUCCUUUCAUCAUAAUCGAAAAAUGAAUAAAAAAAUCUUAAUGUCGUGAAGCUAUUAAUUUCUUUUUAAAUCAAGAAAAGACGUCUAUGCCUAACUUAUGUUGUAAAUUAUUGGCAUUAGUUGGAAAUUGAUACAAAGAUAACUAAGAUAUAUUGUAAAAAAAUGCAUAAAUAACUAAAAUAUAUUUAUAGCCUCAAUGACUAUAAAUAUAUCAUAGUUAAUUUUGAAUUUUUUGUUGUUGUAGAAGAGGAAAAACGCCGGGGCAUAUCCGGACGGCUUAUACGGACUAAAAUAGUACCUUGUCAGCAUGGAACCGCGAGAAUAUCUAAGCUCAUAAUAUGGGAUUCUUACUAUUCCUUAAAAAAUUAAAAAAAAGGUAAAGAUACCCUUUCAAGAGUUCUUGG